CUAGAUAUAUAAAGUUCGGCAAGCAAAGAUCUUCCAUUCGAUCGCGCUUUGUUGCGGAGAGAGUGACAGACUCGAAAAUAAUGAAAUUCCUGGUGAUCCUUUUUUGCGUGCUGGCCGUUGUGGCUGCUGGAAAAAACGAGAAGAGAGGAUUCGUGAAGAAAUGUCCCAAGGUUUUUGGAAAGACUCCGUUUGACGCAGAGAAGUUUGCUGGCCUCUGGCACAUGAUUUCGCACAUGGAGACCGGCUCGCCCGAGGAGAAGUGCUCGAGGAUGAAUGUGACCGUGAAUACGACGGGAGGCUCGACCAUUCUCGACUACCAGCUGCCCCACAAGACGCUGGACGGCCAACUGAAAACGGACAUGGUCUACAGCGUGGCGGAUAAGACCAAACCGGCCGAGUCGUUUGCGGUGUUCAAGCAGCAGGACGGCACAUGGUCAGGUCCCUACAAUAAAUAUGUCGUGGCGACAGAUUACGAGACAUUCGCAAUUACCAUUUCCUGUCAGCCGGUUUUCAACACGGAAAUAAUGAAGAUGGACCGCUCUAUGUGCGCGCACGUCUACUCCAGAGAAAAAAGUCUGCCUGAAGGAACCUUAGAAAUUUUACACGAAUUCAUGACCGGCUUUGAUAUCGACAUUGAUUCUAUUAAAAUGGUCGAUCACACUGACUGUUAGAAUUCAUGAUCCCAAAACCACAAUUAUUCAUAAAUAAAAAUAAUAA